UUUCACGUUUCCACUUUGCAAAAGUCUGGAUGGGGUCUUCGCAGAGCGCUCAUGGAGGAGAUCUCAAACAAGUCAAGGUGGUGGUGGUUGGCAUGCCGGGCAGUGGAGCAAAGUCUCUAGCUAGUCGCUGGACCACGGACAGCAUGGAGCAGCCAAGCAAUCCAGGUUGGCAAUCUCUUGAGCGACCUUUUGAGAAGAUGCAACUGCAAAUUCUGGCAUUGGGAUCUGCGCGCGGUCUAUGGGAUGAGCACAUUUCUGCUACAGAUGUGCUCGCAUUCGUGGUUGAUGGAAGCGAGCAAUUUGACGAGGUUGCUUUCACGCAUUCAUUUAGUGCGGCACUUGCUCAUCUUCCAGAAGGAGCACCUGUCGUUCUGUUGGUGAACAAGGUAGAUGCAGAUCCUGAAGAAGAAGAAGCUGGAAAGAUGGCUGACAGCCAUGGAUCUGUUGUCCAGGCUAAAUGCAGUGCAGCAGCUGCCGCAUGUGCUGUCUCAAAGGCAGUUCGCCAGUGCAAGGCCUUUUUGGUCAGCGCCAAGACCAGCUACGGAUGCGAUGAGGUAUUGAGGUCAAUAUGUGGAGCCCGCUUGGUGUUCUGAUAGUGAAAGAACCAUAAAGAACCUACAGUGCAGAUUCUCUGUUCUAUAGCACCGCAGAUUCAAGCACCAUUUGAGUCUGGAGAUGUCUGAUGUCUGGACUGUACAUACUGUACACAGAUCAGUUUGAACAUGCCUCUGCAUCAAGGGCAAGCUUGGUACAGUGAGCCGGGAGAAAAAAGGCUCAGAAGAAUGGCUGGCUGGCCAGUCUCACGUUCCAAGCUUGUUCCUCCUUGAACUCUUAGCAGGCCUUGUCGUGCUACAAGAUGCCCUGUUCUGUUCAGAUGCCUGUCACAAGCUUUUUC